AGCGCACCUUAGCGACAGGUUCGUUGAUGGAGGUGGGCCUAGGCCACCCUCUCCUGCUCUCUCUUUCCGGCACUAACAAGCGGUGUGUGCUUUGCGAGCGGGGCCGCGAACACACCAACUGCACCGCCAACUACCUGCUGGACAGACCCAUCACCCAGAGCGAGGGGGACAUCGCUCGCACGAACGCGCUCUUCCUGGCACAGUUGAACCUGUUCGUCGACCUGCUAUGCACCGACGGGAGCCACGCGAUGGUGAAGGGUACCGAUGAAGCGUACGCUAGCCUAGGCGCGGCGAACAGGGUCGAGAAGCAGGAGGACAUGCCACAUCACAAGCGGCGGACGGCGAAGAAGAUCUGCAAUGCUGGACCAGCUGAGGGAGCAGGUUGGCAAGAUGAGGGAUGAGAUGAUGAACUUGAAGCUUGAGCAUCGCAGGCUCACAGAUGUCGCUCAACAACUGACACAGCUUCGACUCCAUCGACCACCAACUCAGCCUAUCUGACAUAUCCGCAACGGAGUGUGUGACAUAUCCGCAAUUGUGUUGUCAUGAUGUCGAACGAAAGGGGGGGCAGGAAGAACGAUGUUCUCCUGCGUCUUUCUUCGGCUGCUAGGUUAAAUACAGCAGAACCUCACUUCCACAAUACUACAUCAAUUUAAUUUCUGUCGAUUACCAAUCUCAAUUAUGAACAAACGAUGAGCUGAAUAAGAGACAGGGAAUCGAUUACAUUUUUCUAAUCUUCUUUCGUUGUUCGUCGGCAGAAUUGUCUAUAGGAGAUGGUGCCGAGAUAUCGGUGUCAGUGUCCAUAGGUGGGCACACGGACUCAAGCAAGUGGGCGCAUGUAAGUGCAUCUCUCUCGCUCCCACUCCACCCUCUCUCUCUCACCCCCUCACUCCCUCUCACUCUCUCUCUCUCAA